GAGGAGAAGAGAAGGUGUGGAGGAAGGGAGGAGAGGAGGAGGUGUUGAGGAAGGGAGGAGAAGGAGAGAGGAGAGCAGCAGUGGACGGAGCGAUCCCGAUGCUAACCCUAACCAGGCUAAGCCUCGUGUUCCGCGCCAGGCCUGGGAGCAGCAGGAUGAGGAGCCCGCAGAGGGGGAGGACUGCCCAGCCUCUUACAGCUCUAGCCCCUCCCACCGCCCGGCCCGCAGCCAAUACCUGUGUCCAGCAGAGAGAGAGAGGUCUGGGAGCAUCUCAGGGGCGACCAGCAGCUCCAUGUCUACAAUAGACACAGCCCGACUGGUGAGGGCCUUCGGAGCCCACAGGGUCAGAGGGCUGAAUAUAGGAGGGACUAUCUCCAGUCACAGGACCAGUCACAGCCUUAGUAAACUGUACAGCACCAUCCUUCGGCAGAGCAAGGAGCAGAGGAGAGGAGGAUCCAGAGAGACUCCUCAUGUCCCCUCAGAGUCUACUGGCACUGAUGACUCUGUAGUUCCAGCUGACUCUGCAUCAUCAACCAGCACCUACACCCUCCCCUCGCAUCGUGGCCCCUCCCACUCCAAGAAGGCAGUCAGACAUGUCAGCAAAGGCGUACAGGCAGGGGACCUGGAGAUUGUGAGUAACGGAACGCGUCGCCACACCCGUGACGUUGGCACAACGUUCCCCUCGCCAGGCUCAGCCAGGGGUGCCAGGGUGCUCCCCUCACACUCUGGUAGCAAGAGGGGUAGAGCGGGGGACAGGAGCCCUCCUCCUAAAACCCAGAGGAAGAGGAAGAUGAGCCAACCCUCUGCCAAGCCCUACUACCCUCAAGGUGUAUCAUGGCACAUCCCUGCUGAGGACCUGAGAGCUGAGGGCAGGAAGGAGAACAAACCAGAGCAGCAGCCUCCCCAGGGCCCGGUCUGGUUUGAACCCUACAGCAGAACCACCCGGCCCUGGAGAGAACCGCUCAGACAGAGACAAAUACAGGACAGGGAGAGACUGACAGACAGACUACAGACCAAUCAGCUGGAGGCUGACCGGGACAGACCCAGUGAGAGGCAGCACAUCAAGCACAGCAUCAUCACCCCUCCUGGGCCUCCUGGGCCUGAACCCACUGGCAACGCCCCCGCCGCUCUGGUCCGCAUCUCUCUCCAGGGGUAA